GGGAAGCAUAGUAAAGCUUUCUUUACCUCCAGUUAUCAGGAGAGGGUGCUCAGAAGUACAGUACCAACAACGUACGCAGCUAGGAUAACAAGCUCCUCAGACGUGGAUUAUCAGAAAAAGAAGAAAAAGGAAAAAGAGAGGAAAUGUAUUACCACAACCACCAACACCAAGGAAACAGCAGUUUCCCUUCUUCAUGGAUGCCCAGUCCUUUGGAAAGGCAUUUGUUCUUGCAAGGUGGGAAUGGGCAUGGAGAUACAGGACUAGUUCUUUCAACUGACGCUAAGCCUAGAUUGAAAUGGACACCAGAACUGCAUGAACGCUUCAUAGAAGCAGUCAACCAGCUUGGUGGAGCAGACAAGGCUACACCAAAAACAGUAAUGAAGCUAAUGGGAAUUCCAGGCCUUACCUUGUACCACCUCAAAAGCCAUCUUCAGAAAUACAGACUCAGUAAGAAUCUACAUGGACAAACUAAUAUUGGGACCAGCAAGAUCACAGUGGCAGGAGAGAGGACAUCUGAAGCAAACGGAGCACUCAUGAGCAAUACAAACCUCAGCUCCCAGACAAGCAAAAGCUUGCAGAUAAGUGAAGCAAUACAGAUGCAAAUCGAAGUGCAGAGAAGACUACAUGAACAGCUUGAGGUACAUGAUCUGAAAAUCUUGGGACCCUAUGAACUUCUGAAAAUAUUACAUUUUGCAAGGCUUUUUCCAACUCAGAUGAAAAAUACAUACAUUAGGAAAUCUUAAAAUCUUCAAACUUUCUCACUGCAGUUUAAGA